AUGGACGCUCGACAGUUUGUUUCAAGUAGAGAAGAAUACCUACUGGAGGAGGAAGCUGCAAAGUAUUGGGUAAUUUUCAGCCAGUAUAAUAAGUACAUCUGGGAAAUCAGGGGAGAUGGCAAUUGCUUUUACAGAGCCCUAAGCUUUGGACACCUGGAAUCAUUGUUGCAAAAGGACAGAGCUUUGCAAAGAUUCAAAGAAACAGUGAUACAAGAGGCAGAGUUAUUGGCUGCGGGCAUUGAUGAGAACUCUUUCAAAUACUUGCAAACAUGGUAAAUGUACAUGUACCUUGGUGUUCUGGAACAAUGUGAAGCUGAUGAACAUGGUGACACAUUGCUCCAGCUCUUUAAUGAGCAAACUACCUUUGACAGUAUGGUGCAAUACCUAAGGCUGCUCACAUUAGCCUACCUGCAAAACCAUGCAGACUUCUUUAGCCACUUUGUGGAGGCACCCAGCAAGGUUUACUGCACUCAGGAAGUGGAAACCAUGGCAAUGGAGUGUGACCACAUAGAUAUCCUGGCUCUGUCGGAGGCCUUAGGCGUUAGCAUCCACAUUGCUUCCAUUGUGGGAGACGGAUAGCGUCUGGCCCACCACACCAUUCCAGAGGGAACCCAGCCCUCCCUACUCCUCCUCUAUAAAACAGCCCACUACGACAUUCUCUACCCACAUCAUUGCCAUUGAGGGGCCUGAUAAAGGACUCCACAUAUCUCAGGU